CUCUCUCCCUCAAUUCCAAGACCAAAAAGAAAUGUGCCAGCUUACUCCCUCUAAUCACACUUGCAAUUGCAGUUGCAAUUCAAACGUGCCAUACCUUGUUCCUUUUAAAAAUUCCAAAUGCUCCAACCUAUACGAACCCUUAACCCCCAAAGGUUCCAACAUAAAAAUCUCCACCCAAAAGCUUGAAAGUGCCCCUUUGGUCGCUCUUGCACUCGAGGAAGCCUUUUCCAUAGCUAAGAUUGCUCUUCCCAUGAUACUAACGGGCCUCAUGUUGUACUCCCGCUCAUUGAUUUCCAUGCUCUUUCUCGGCCGCCUCGGCGAGCUUGCGUUGGCUGGUGGUUCGCUCGCCAUUGGUUUUGCUAACAUCACUGGUUACUCUAUCCUUUCGGGUCUCGCCAUGGGAAUGGAAUCCAUUUGUGGACAGGCCUUCGGUGCUCGAAAGUACACCCUUCUCGGCAUCACUUUGCAAAGAACGGUGCUCUUGCUUUUGGCUACCUCGUUGCCCAUUUCUCUUAUGUGGAUGAACAUGAGGAAAAUACUCAUAGUUUGUGGCCAAGAUGAAGCUAUAGCCAUUGAAGCACAGUCUUAUCUGGUUUACUCCAUCCCUGACCUCUUUGCACAGUCCCUUUUGCACCCAUUAAGAAUCUAUCUUAGAACACAAUCCAUAACUUUACCUCUAACAUGUUGCGCCGUUUUAUCGAUUCUUCUUCACGUACCGAUCAAUUACCUUCUCGUAUCGCACCUGGAGUUAGGAAUCAAGGGCGUUGCUCUUAGCGGCGUGUGGACCAACAUCAACCUUGUAUGCUCGUUGAUGAUUUAUAUUCUCUGCUUUAAGGUUCAAGAAAAGACAUGGGGUGGAUUUUCAAUGGAGUGCUUUAAAGAGUGGAAACCACUGUUGAAUUUGGCCAUUCCGAGCUGCGUUUCCGUCUGCCUCGAAUGGUGGUGGUACGAGAUCAUGAUUCUUCUCUGCGGGUUGUUGUUGAACCCCAGAGCCACCGUUGCUUCGAUGGGCAUUUUGAUUCAAACGACAGCGUUGAUCUACAUAUUCCCGUCUUCGUUAAGCUUCAGUGUGUCGACAAGGGUUGGGAACGAACUCGGCGCCAACCGCCCCAAGACGGCAAAACUCGCGGCCGUUGUAGGUCUCCAUUGUGGGUUCAUGCUGGGGUUUUCGGCACUCGUGUUUGCCGUAAUUGUUAGGAACGUAUGGACAAGCAUGUUUACAGAUGAUAGAGAGAUCAUAGCAUUAACCUCUCUUGUUUUGCCUGUAAUCGGUUUAUGUGAGCUCGGAAACUGCCCGCAAACCACGGGGUGCGGCGUGCUGAGAGGCACUGCCAGGCCGAAAGUAGGAGCGAACAUAAACCUCGGUUGCUUUUACCUUGUGGGCAUGCCGGUAGCGGUUUGGCUUGCGUUCUUUGCCGGGUUUGAUUUCAAGGGAUUGUGGCUCGGAUUAUUGGCUGCACAGGGCUCGUGUAUGGUGACGAUGAUGGUGGUGUUGCUUAGAACGGAUUGGGAUUUGGAGGCUGUAAAGGCUAAGGAGCUGACUGGAGCAGAGGAGAUUGCUGGUGACAGUGAGGAAUCUCGUUCUUUAUUAAGCGAUUCAAAUCAUUAUUGCCUCGUUUAAUUAACUUUUUUUCGAAUUUAUCGCAUCUACUGCUUAAC